ACCAUAUCUUCUACUCGUAAACCACAUCUACAAGCAACCCAAUCGAUCAGAUAUUUUAUUUGCUCGGCAAUCAAUUCUCAGCUUUUCUUUAUAAAUCAGUGCACUCCAAGAAGAUUGUGCUUGGACACACACAGAUAGAGAGUAAUGGGUUCUAUCAAGGUUGUUGAAAAGCCUCACGCCGUUUGUAUCCCUUACCCAGCACARGGCCAUAUCAACCCUAUGUUGAAGCUAGCAAAGCUCCUCCAUUACAAAGGUUUCCAUGUAACCUUUGUUCACACUGAAUACAAUCUCCGUCGCAUGGUCAAGUCCAGGGGCCCUGAUUCUAUAAAGGGAUUACCUGGUUUCAGGUUUGAAACCAUCCCUGAUGGUCUUCCACCCUCUGAUGUCGAUGCCACACAAGACAUUCCAUCCCUCUGUGACUCAACUAGGAACACCUGCCUAGUCCCCUUUCKYAGUCUGCUUUCUAGACUCAAUGAUUCUUCCAACUCCGACAAUAUUCCUUUGGUUACUUGCAUCGUCUCCGAUGGGGUCAUGAGCUUCACUCUUGAUGCUGCUCAAGAACUCGGUAUCCCUGAAGUUCUGCUAUGGCCGACCAGCGCUUGUAGCUUCAUGAGUUUUCUGCACUAUUCCCAUCUCAUUGAGCGAGGUCUUACGCCACUUAGAGAUGAAAGCUACUUAACAAAUGGGUAUUUGGACACCACCAUCGACUGGAUUCCGGGAUUGAUCAAAGAUAUUCGUUUAAGGGAUCUUCCGAGCUUCAUUCGMACUACUGAUCCCCAUGAYAUAAUGCUCAACUUUUUAAAGGGAGAAGCUGRGAGAUCUAAAAGAGCUCAGGCCAUCAUUCUUAACACCUUUGAUGCCCUUGAGCAGGAUGUCUUGGAUGCACUUUCGUCUAUGUUUCCUCGUGUUUAUUCCAUAGGUCCACUUCCGUUGCUCCACGAUCAGAUCUCCGAUAAUGGUUUGGAGUCUAUAGGGUCCAAUCUAUGGCAAGAAGAAUUGGGAUGUCUGGAGUGGCUCGAUUCCCAGAAACCCAACUCAGUUGUGUAUGUGAAUUUUGGCAGCAUCACUGUGAUGACGCGUGAACAGCUUGUGGAAUUUGCCUGGGGACUCGCUAAUAGCAAUCAAACCUUCUUGUGGGUUAUUCGACCAGAUCUCGUGGUGGGCGACUCUGCGCUUCUACCUCCUGAGUUCAUAAGAGAUACCAAAGAAAGAAGUCUACUAGCGAGCUGGUGCCCACAAAAACAAGUCCUCAAUCACCCAUCUGUUGGGGGCUUUUUAACGCAUAAUGGGUGGAAUUCGACUGUCGAAAGCAUUUGUUCUGGGGUGCCUAUGAUUUGUUGGCCAUUCUUCGCAGACCAACAAACGAUCUGUCGUUACGCUUGUACCGAAUGGGGCGUGGGCAUGGAGAUUGAUAGCAAUGUCAAGAGGGAUGAAGUGGAAAGUCUGAUUAGRGAGUUGAUGGAGGGGGAAAAGGGCAAGGAGAUGAAGUACAAAGCCAUGGAAUGGAAGAGGAGAGCAGAAGAAGCCGCGUAUCAGGGUGGUGRUCCAUCUCAUACCAAUUUAGACAAAAUGAUCAACGAAGUGCUUCUCUCAAAAUACACAACCAUGUAACCAAUUCACAUCUGCGCCUCACAGCACAUUCCAACCGUGUAGUUUUCAUGUGGGGCGCGCUYAGUGGGGUGCAGAUCUUAACAUAUUGCCGUAAUAACUGAAUUUGUAUUUUCUAUUUUUCU